UGCUUGGUAAUAUCAGCCUUAAAAUAUUUCACACACCGAACUAAAUCUCUUCCAUAAAACAUCAAACUAAUCCAAGUGGACAACAAUUUCCUUAUCUAGCUAUGCAUAUAUAUAUGUAUCUUAAGCCUAACCGUUCACCGAAAAAAGAAAGCCAAAAGGUUUAAGAUGCCUGCAUCACUACAGCUCCAAAGAGCAGCAGCCACCAGCACCACAACGACCCGUACUGGCCAUAAACAAUCACAAACCACCGUGAACACAUGGGGGGUCCCACUGGCAUGGGACACUCCGGUACCAGACUACGUUUCUUGCCACCACACACGCAUUCCGGGGCCCAACCAGUGUUGCUCCGUGGUGGUUCAGACCAUCAAUGCACCAGUUCCCACCGUUUGGUCUGUCGUCCGUCGUUUUGAUAACCCUCAAGCUUACAAACAUUUCCUCAAGAGCUGCCAUGUCAUCGACGGAGACGGGAACGUUGGCUCCCUCAGGGAGGUGCACGUGGUGUCUGGCCUCCCUGCAGCAUCAAGCACGGAGAGGCUUGAAAUUCUUGACGAUGAACAACAUGUUUUGAGCUUUAGUGUGGUCGGCGGCGUUCACAGGCUAAAUAACUACAGGUCUGUGACAACGCUUCACGCUUCGCCCAAUGGGAAUGGGACAGUUGUCGUCGAAUCAUACGUUGUGGAUGUACCCCCUGGUAAUACCAAAGAGGACACAUGUAGUUUUGUGGACACAAUUGUGCGGUGCAAUUUACAAUCCUUAGCUCAGAUUGCUGGGAAGAAGGCACGGAAUAACCAGAUAUCAAUAACAUCAUGAGUAUUUGUUUUGAUUGAGUUUUUUUUUCCCCUGAUUUGGAUGGAUUGAUGAUCAUCAUGGAAUCUUGAUCGACGCACUUAUCAGAAAUUUCAUAGAUCGGUGGGUGAUGGUAUAUUUUGAUUCUGUACAUGUCAACUUUGUUUCCCUUCGAGAUUAAUUUCUGCUACUCCAUGAGCACAUAAUCACAGUGAAUCCAGAAAAGUCGUAUGGUCUAUGAAAUGCCCUUUAAUUUUUGUUGUCUCGUUAUUUGUGCCAGUUAAAUGAAAUAUUUUUAUUCUUCUGGGAACUAAAGAAUAUCAAUAGUUGUGUGAGUACAGCAGUCACUAGUUUACUUGAUCUUUCGAUUUUUCCCUCUGUAUUUGUUUUCUUUCUUUCAAGAAAUAUGCUGUAAUGUUAAGAGCGUUGGGUCUAUGCUUUUAUCAACCCCAGUUUGCACGAGUAUUUCCUUGGACAAAUAAAAUAAAAUCAGCAAGCUGUCUAUUAGUGAUUGACAGAGUA